AUGGAUGAACGUUUGAUUGCUACGAUCAAUAAGUUACAGGAUGCUUUGGCUCCAUUAGGCGGCGGUUCUCAGACUCCGAUUGAUUUACCACAAAUUACCGUUGUUGGUUCUCAAAGUUCUGGUAAAUCUUCUGUGUUGGAAAACAUUGUCGGUAGAGAUUUCUUGCCUCGUGGUACCGGUAUUGUUACCAGAAGACCAUUGAUCUUACAAUUGAUCAACCGUAGGGUCAAGAAGGAGACUAAGCAUGCUACAGAAGAGCUGUUAGAUUUGGAUAACAGUGCAGCCAAUGGUGGUCAAAAUGAAGACAAUGCAGAAGAAUGGGGUGAGUUUGGUCAUUUGCCCGGUAAAAAGCUUUUCAACUUUAACGAAAUUAGAAAAGAGAUCGUUUUGGAGACCGAUAAGAGUACCGGGAAGAAUGCAGGGAUUUCUGCGGUUCCAAUCACUUUAAGAGUAUAUUCGCCACAUGUGCUAACUUUAACCUUGGUCGAUUUGCCCGGUUUGACCAAGGUCCCUGUUGGUGAUCAACCAGCUGAUAUCGAAAGACAAAUCAAGGAUAUGAUCUUGACUUACAUCAAGAAACCUAACGCUAUUAUCUUGGCAGUGAACCCAGCUAAUGCUGAUUUGGCUAACAGUGAUGGUUUGAAAUUGGCCAGGGAAGUCGAUCCCGAUGGAUCAAGAACCAUCGGUGUGUUAACUAAAGUCGAUUUGAUGGAUGAAGGUACAGAUGUCAUCGAUAUUUUGGCCGGAAGAGUUAUCCCAUUGAAAUUUGGUUAUAUCCCAGUAAUCAAUAGAGGUCAAAAAGAUAUCGAAAAGAAUAAAACAAUUAGAUCUGCGUUAGAGGACGAAAAACGUUUCUUUGAGAACCAUCCAUCGUACAGUGCAAGAGCACUGUACUGUGGUACCCCAUAUUUAACUAAGAAGUUAAAUUCUAUUCUAUUGCAUCACAUCAGACAAACGUUGCCAGAUAUUAAACAUAAGAUUGAGGUCACUUUGAAGAAAUAUCAAACUGAAUUGUUAAGUUUGGGUCCAGAAUCCCUAUCAUCUUCCAGUUCCAUCGUGCUAAGCAUGAUCACAGACUUCUCAAAGGAAUACACAGGUAUAUUGGAUGGUGAAGCAAGGGAGCUUACAAGUAAAGAACUAUCAGGUGGUGCUAGAGUCUCGUUUGUGUUCCAUGAAAUCUUCAAGAAUGGUGUUUACGCCUUGGAUCCAUUCGAUCAAAUUAAGGACUCCGAUAUCAGAACUAUUAUGUACAAUUGUUCUGGUUCAGCGCCUUCUUUGUUUGUGGGUACCGAAGCAUUUGAAGUCUUGGUGAAGAAGCAAAUUAGUAGGUUCGAACAACCUUCUUUACGUUUGGUCAACUUAGUUUUCGAUGAAUUGGUCCGUAUACUAAAGCAGAUUAUCAACCAACCAAAAUACAGCAGAUACCCAAGCCUAAGAGAUGCUAUCUCGAAUAACUUCGUUCAAUUCCUGAAAGAGGCGGUCAUUCCAACUAAUGACUUUGUCGUCGACAUCAUAAAAUCUGAACAAACUUAUAUCAAUACAGCUCAUCCAGACCUAUUAAAGGGCUCUCAAGCAAUGGCUAUGGUUGAAGAAAGACUACAUCCACGCCAAGUGGAUCCAAAGACCGGUAAACCGAUUGCUGCUCAACCUGUAAAAGCCGAAGAAACUAGACCAUCUGGUUUCUUUGGUGGUUUCUUCUCAUCGAAGAGUAAGACUAGAGCUUCUGUUUUGGAAAAUCCACCAAAUGUUUUAGAAGCCACUGGUCAAAUGACUGAAAGGGAAAAACUUGAAACGGAAGUUAUUAAAUUACUUAUCGACAGCUAUUUCAGCAUCGUCAAGAGAUCCGUGGCAGACUUCAUUCCAAAGGCUGUUAUGCUAAAAUUAAUCGUUAAGAGUAAAAAUGACAUUCAAAAGAUUCUACUUGAGAAAUUAUACAGCAGCGAAAAUCUUGACGAGCUAACGAAGGAAAGUGAUUUGACUACCCAAAGAAGGAAAGAAUGUCAAAAGAUGGUCAAUAUUCUAACUCAUGCUAGUGAGAUUGUUUCAUCCGUUUGA